AGAGAGACAGAGAUUGAAGCAUAUGCUCACAUGGGAUUCCUUUUUACCGCGAGCGAUGAUGAGAAUAUACUUUGAGAGGCGCAGAUACCCCGAACACCCAACAGCAGCAGAACUGCUACUGUUUAUAAAUCCUUCCUCCCACUCUCUCUUCUCUCCCGUUUCGUCUUCCUCUUGUGCCCUUCCGUCGGAGGAGGAGACCUCCAACUGCGGCGAGCGCAGGGAUGACGAUGGAAGAGAUCAGGGAGGCGUUAGUGCAGGGGGAGGAGACGCCCCCGCAGCUGUUGGAGGACCCCGAGGCCAACUCCGGGCCCCGCCGCAUUGCCCUCUUCGUUGAGCCCUCUCCCUUCGCUUAUGUCUCCGGAUAUAAGAACCGCUUUCAGAAUUUCAUAAAAAAUUUGCGUGAAAUGGGAGAUGAGGUAAUCGUUGUGACUAACCAUGAAGGGGUGCCUCAAGAGUUCCAUGGUGCAAAGGUUAUUGGUUCAUGGAGCUUUCCCUGCCCCUGGUAUCAAAAAGUUCCACUUUCCCUGGCGCUUAGCCCAAGAAUAAUUUCAGAGGUUGCAAACUUUAAGCCAGAUAUUAUUCAUGCAUCUUCACCAGGAAUCAUGGUAUUUGGUGCUCUGACAAUUGCCAAGAUGCUCUGUGUUCCUAUAGUGAUGUCAUAUCACACCCAUGUUCCAAAAUAUAUACCGAGAUAUACAUUCAGUUGGUUGGUGGAGCCAAUGUGGUCAGUCAUAAGGUUCCUUCAUAGAGCUGCUGAUCUUACUUUGGUGCCGUCAGCUGCUAUCGGCAAGGAUCUCAUAGCUGCUCAUGCAACAGCAGCCGAUAAAUUACGCCUUUGGAAUAAAGGUAUCGACUCUGAAAGCUUCCAUCCUCGUUUUUGCAGCCACGAAAUGCGUGUAAGGCUAAGUAAUGGUGAACCAGAAAAGCCUUUGUUGAUUCAUGUUGGACGCUUAGGAGUCGAAAAGAGCUUGGAUUUUCUCAAAAGGGUUAUGGAAAGGCUACCAGGAGUUAGAAUUGCAGUUGUAGGAGAUGGACCAUACAGGCCUGAACUGGAGAAGAUGUUCACAGGCAUGCCUGCGGUGUUCACAGGCAUGCUCCAAGGUGAGGAGCUCUCAAAGGCAUAUGCCAGUGGGGAUGUCUUCUUGAUGCCUUCGGAAUCUGAGACCCUGGGGCAAGUUGUGCUGGAGGCCAUGUCGUCCGGCAUCCCCGUGGUCGCAGCUCGUGCAGGAGGGAUACCUGACAUCAUACCGGAGGAGCACGAAGGGAGGACCAGCUUCCUGUUCACCCCCGGCGACCUGGAUGACUGUCUGAACAAGAUCAAACACCUGUUGGCUUGCGACGACUUCAGGGACGCCAUGGGCAGGGCGGCACGGGAGGAGAUGGAGAAGCAUGACUGGCGAGCAGCUACGCGGAUAAUACGUGACGAGAACUACAAUGCGGCCAUUUGGUUUUGGCGGAAGGAGAGGGCGCAGCUGCUGGGACCGAUCCAGUGGAUGUUCAGAUGGAUGCUCUGCUCACCGGAAAACAACUGCAGUUGAAGUCCAAAGGGAAGUUGAAGCCUGUGUAAAUUGUGCUUGAAAAGCUUGGAAAAUGUGUGGAUAAUUGGUGUAUCGGAUUGGAUUGGCAGCAGAUUGAUUCCUUGUGCAUUAUAUUUUGGGUCAGAAGACACGAGUUCUUGAUUUAGCUGCUAUGCUGUGGACCUCUCGUCUUCUAAGGUCUCAGGCCAUUUGUUGUACCAUCGAAACUGCAACAGUGAAACUAUUUAGAAUCGAUGAAUGAAGUUCUCAACUUAGUCC